AUGCCUUUCAAGGAUAUUGUCUCCGAGGUCCGGCGAUCUAUCCUAUGCUGCGUUGGGCGUGAUCGAAAACGCCCACUCGACAUUGGCUCACCAACCAAUGUCCGCCACAUCAACGUCUCUGACACCCUUCCUGGCCUCACAGAUACCGAACGAAAGCACAUCCGCGAGAAAGUGUCCAACGAUGCGAUUCGUUUGCUGAGCCUGCAAUCUCACCCACCAUCACACCCUCCCUCUCAGCCAACAACAUCACCACCGUCACCUGAACACUCGCUUCGACAUGAGCCUAGUUCAGUGGUGUCGUCGCAGGAGCCUUCUAUGGCUCUGCUGAAUGCUGCCUCCAAGAACCUGCCCGACGCCGUACCAACGCCACCUCCCCAAGCUCAUCCGCAUACCUCCUCGCCGAGCGCAAGGAUGAAAGGUAUGUGGGAUGAUGUGAAGAGGCUGAGCAACAGUUCGAACUGCAGAGAUAGUCUGUACUCCAAGAUCGAGGACAGCUCUAUCAACAGCGAGAAGCAGCUGAAGGAUUCAUCUUCCAUGACGCUGAAUCUGGAACUCGGAACUGAAAGCCCCAGUAGUAAUACACGCUCUGAUAGCCUGAGAACACUAAGCCUGACAUCCGGGUUUGAGACGCAGGAUACCAUUGGCGGACAUACUCAGACCGCCGCACCGAUCGCUUCGACUAAGAAAGUCAACGCAGCGAUCAAAGAGAAGGAAACAAUCGACAGUAGUGACGAAGACGAAGAUCCGUUCAUUGCUGCCGAAGCGGAGUUGCUCAAGAAGCUCUGA